CUCUUAAUGUUUUAAUUCUUGCUAGGUCUACAAUUUAGUUCCUUGAAAUGCCAAAAAAGAGUUCUUUGAAGAAAGCUACUCAAGUGCCGCAAAAUAAUGUUGUGGAAGAAGAAAAACCCUCUUCAACUAAGAUGAAGAAAAAGGCUCCUAGUGAGAUUGAUGAAAUAUUUGCCGGAAAAAAGAGGAAGAAAUCUGAACCUGAGAAGUCCGGAAAGCCAAAUGAAGAGGCAACGGGAAAUUCUAAGAUAAAGAAAAAGAAUAAGGUUAAAAUGUCUGCUGACGGUGGGUUUAUGGAUCCACCUUCUCGACCUAGAAAGAAGACAAAUGAUGGACUUGCUAUCUACACAGAGGAGGAGUUGAAUAUCAGUAAGGCAGAUGCUGGAGGUACCCCGCUUUGUCCUUUUGAUUGUUCUUGUUGUUUUUGAGCCUACAUGAAAAAUGUUUUGGCUGAUGUUACUUCUUUUGGUCCAGUGAAGCUUGAAAAUUUUCCUGUAGUCUUGUAA